AUGCAAUUUAAGACGCUAUUUAUAUUAUUCAAUGUAUUAUCCUCCUUACAAGGAGUUAAUGGAUUAAUCGAAGAUCAAAAUGAUGGUAAACCAGUACCAGUUUCUCAACCAGAUGAUGUUAUCCAAGCCCCAGAGACUCCUGACGAUGUAAAAUUUACUGAAAUCAAUUUCAAUGAGGGUAAAUCUAAUAAAUUAGGAGUUCAUGAUAUUGAAGAUCAAGAUAAUGAACCAACACCCCAACACGCAAAGAAACCAAUUUCACCCUACGGAGCUGAAGGUUCAUCAAAUGAAGAAGAAGCAAAACAACCUUGGGAUUCCUUUAUUAUGUCAGUUUCUAUGAUUAUUGUUUCAGAAAUCGGUGAUAAAACUUUCUUGAUUGCAGCUUUAAUGGCUAUGAGAUAUUCAAGAGUUGUUGUUUUCGCUGCUGCAUUCUCAUCAUUAGCUAUUAUGACAGUUUUAUCAGGUAUCGUUGGUCAUGCUUUACCUUCUUUAUUAUCCAAAAGAGUUACUCAAUUCUUAGCAUCAGUAUUAUUCAUUGUCUUUGGUUAUAAAUUAUUAAGAGAAGGUUUAAGUAUGUCAAAAGAUGUUGGUGUUGAUGAAGAAUUGGCUGAAGUAGAAGAAGAAAUCAAAGCUAACGACCUUAACAACCAAAUGGAUUCCAUGGAAUCAGGUAAUGUUCAACAAACUUCAGAUCAACAAUGGUAUGUCAAAUUCGGUGAACAAGUUAAAGAUUUAGCAUCAUUCGUUUUAUCACCAAUCUUCAUUCAAGUAUUCGUCAUGACUUUCUUAGGUGAAUGGGGUGAUAGAUCACAAAUCGCUACUAUUGCUUUAGCAGCAGGAUCAGAUUAUUGGAUGGUUAUCAUUGGAGCCAUCUUAGGUCAUGGGGUUUGUACCUUUGCUGCAUGUAUGGGAGGUAAACUUCUCGCUAAAAAGAUUAGUAUGAGAAACGUUACUUUAGGAGGAGCUAUUUCUUUCUUCUUGUUCUCUAUAUUAUAUUUUUAUGAAGCUUAUUAUGAUGCUGAAUAA